AUGAGUAAAGCACAUGAAGUAACAGCUUGGAUUGAUUUAAAUAUUAUUGAUAAACCAUGGGGACAAUCAUUAACAAAAGAAUUCGAUGAUAAAAAAGCAAAAUAUCUUAUUGAAAGUAUGCCAGUACCAAAUACAAUAACUUGGUCGAUGACAAAUAUUGCUAAUAAUAUCGAUGAAGAAUUCGUUAGUCAAUUGUUAUUAUUAAUGACACAUGAACAGUUUUUUCAAUUUGUUUCUGUAUGUAAUACAAAUAAAAAUAAUAUAUCAGAUUUAUUUCAAACAAUAAAUGAUAAAUAUAAAUCCAAAAAAGCAAUAACUAUUGUUAUUAUUGGUGCAAAUUCAUCAUUAAGUCUUAGUAAAUUAUUAACACGUUCAUCAUUAAUAAAAUCUCAUGAUUUAGAUAAUAUUUAUCUUGAAUUACAACUUCAAUAUAAUUGUAUUAUAAAAUAUGCUGAAAAAGAACAUGAUCUUGCUGUAUUAAUUUUAUCAUUUACAAAAGCUAUAACAGUUGCACCUGAAAAACGUUUAAAAAAUUUAUCACCAUUUACAUUUCAUAUUGAUACAAUGAAGCAAUAUAAAUCUAUACGUAUUGAUAUUGAUCAAACAAAUAAAACACUUGAACAAUUAUGGAAACAAAUUUUACAGCAAUUUCCACAAAUGGGUAUUGAACAAGCACAAGCUGUUGUUAAUCAAUAUGGUACUGUACAAGCAUUAGUACAAGCUUAUAAACGAUGUCAAACAGAAAAUGAAGCUAAAUUAUUAUUAGCUGAUAUACAAGUUCGACGUGGUGCUGGAGUUUUAACAACAACACGUAAAAUUGGUCCACAAAUGUCAGAAAAAAUUUGGAAAUUAUUUACAUCAACUAAUGGAAAUGAUCUUUUGUAA